AUGCCUGGUGUCUGGAGUCGCUGUGUGAGAUCUGUUGCAAAUGAAAACUGCGAUGUUGCGCGCAGUGCUGCGGUUAAAGCGAUCACAGUUGGAAUGUUAGGUGGGCAGGUCUCGGAACUCGUUCUCGUUCAUAGACCUAGAUCCCGUGGGGAUUUUGGACUCUCGCGACUUGCACCUCUGCAGGAUGAUGCAGGGAUCGGGCCUGCUUAUGUAUCUACAAUUGUGAGAGGAACGCCGGGUUACCUUGAUCCAGAGUAUUUCCUGACCAAUAAGUUGACAGACAAAAGCGAUGUCUAUAGCCUAGGAAUCGUGUUUCUGGAGCUCCUUACGGGCAAUCAGCCAAUUUCACACGGCAAAAACAUAGUUCGAGAGGUGAAUCUGGCUCAUCAGGCAGGGCUGGUGUUCUCGAUCAUAGACAGCAGAAUGGGUUCCUAUCCAUCUGAAUGCGUUGAAAGGCUUCUAGAUUUGGCCCUCAGAUGUUGUAAUGAAAAGCAAGACAAGCGGCCUCAUAUGCUGGAAGUGGUGAGGGAGCUCGAAAACAUACUCAAAAUCACGCCGGCAACUGACACCAUAUUUUCACCACCUACUUCCUCGUACAGUGACCAAUCACCAACCUCAUCGUCCUUAUUGACUGGAGACCGAUCCUACGUGUCCUCCAGCCUGGCAGGAAGUGAUCUAACCAGUGGUACUGUCCCAAACAUAGUGCCUCGAUGAAGAAAAAUUCCCCUCGCACGCUGGUCAAGUGACGCUGCACAUAUUGGUGGUACGCAGAGAAGUAGAGCCUCGAGAGUCUCAUAUAUGUUUGAUCGUAUCGUGCUUCUUUCGUUUUGAAUAAAGCUCCUUCUCCGACGACGACAACAAAACACGAGUUUCCGGUGUUUCCUUGUCUCUGUUUAUCGGGACGUAGAAACAAAAGCAACAUGGUCUUGUGGUAGUGUACAUAAGUUAGGAUCCGAGAUCUUGUUGUAGUAACAGAAGAAUGGUCAUUUCUCUGCUUGUUUUGCACGCCAGUGUUUACCAAGACAAAUAUAGCUAUAGGCAAAAAGUGCACUCUUGCCCUUGUUUUUGUACUACUAACAAUCUGAAAGUAUAAGAAACUGAGUUACAGAUCUGUGGGAACAGCAUACCGCCCGACAAGCCGCUGAAUUUCGAAGCUACUUCCCGGUUUCAGGAGUGUCUUUCAUUGGGGGAACGGGUCCAGGUGCUCCAUUGAAUUGAUGAAGAAAAAGAAUUGAAAUUUUGUUAUAAAUAUGUAAAAGUUAGAGAGAUAACAUUUAUUAGUGACACGAGCGAGGCAGAUGUAAAAUAUCAUACUGUAACUAUAACACAAGGAGAUGACAAGUAAAAGUGGGAGGAAUAUAUACUGAUGUUAUUGAUCUUUCCUUUCUUCUCUAUAUGUAUUGAUAGCAGUCGGAGCGCUCUAUUUAUAGAGCAACUCCAUAUGUACAUAUUCUUACAUUUGAAAUUUACAAUACAUAACUUUGAAAAUACGAUCCUUUUGUUUUCAAAGUCUACAUCACAUUUGUGGGCAUUGAAAAAUCUGUGUGGGCAUUCAUUAAACUGCCAACGAUUUCAACAUUGCCAAUGUUUUCAACAAUGUAAACAAAAGGAUCGUAUUUUCAAAGUUAUGUAUUGUAGAUUUCAAAAUGUAAGAAUCUGCUCGUAUGAAGUUGCUUUAUAAAUAGAGCACUCCGACUGCUAUCAAUACAUACAGAGAAGAAAGGAAAUAUCAAUAACAUUAGUAUCUAUUCCUCCCUCUUUUACUUGUCAUCUCCUUGUAUUAUAGUUACAGUGUGAUAUUUUACACCUGCCUCGCUCAAAAUAAGACACAAAAUUUACGAGGUUCCUCUACAGUCAGUGUAACUGGAGUACAUCCUCGCGGCAGUAGUAGAGCUUUCAUUAUAAUGUGAAAUAAUAAGAGUACAAAAAUAACUCUUUCUAUUCUCUA